GCUGAAGCCAGAGCAACCUCGUCGAUGCCCAAUGUCACCCAGCACUCUCUCGAACCCAGCCCAGAUAUCUUCACCAUCAUCUGCUGCAACGACAGCUUCCAACUCGCCCUCGAUCACAGCACCAUCAAGACUCUGCUUCGAUUUUGCAGGCGUGCCCGUCCUCUCCUGAGCUCCAAGCUGGCUUACUUCCACACCUGGUGCCAGAAGGCAGGACUGUGUCAUCCAGACGGACAGCUGCGAAUCGGACUCACGCUCAGCGACCAGAUUGCCAUCUCGCUGUACUGCGAGGAUCAAGAGACAACCGACCGAUACUGGCUCGAAGAUCAAGCCGACCAGGGCUGUAGCGCCGCCGCGUACUUCUUGGCUAGAAUCCUCCAAGUUGAACUCGCUGGCCAGCCAAAAAUCAGCUGGCCCGAGCGGAGAAAAGCACAAAUGGAAAUCUUCCACCUCUUCAAAGCAGCGGCCGAAGCCGACCACACGAUGGCAAAGUUCCACCUGGCUGACUGCUAUCGCAAUGGGCUCGGGGUCAACCAAGGCCUCGCCAAGGCCAUCGAUCUGUAUCGCAGCCUUGCAGAACGUGGAAUUGCGCAAGCCCAAAUCGCCCUCGGUCACUGUUAUGAAAAUGGCGAAGGAGUCGAGCAAGACUUUGACUCAGCCAUCGAAUGGUAUUCCAAGGCUGCCGACCAGGGCAGCCACGGCGACAGCCAGUUUUGGAUCGGAGAAAGCUAUCGUAGUCGCAGGGGAGGAUCGGAGGGCGAACAGAAGGCAUUCGAGUGGUUCAGUAAGUCGGCCGAUCAAGGCAAUUUGUACGGGCAGUGGAGGGUUGGUUGGUGCUACUCGAUUGGAUGUGGAGUCACCGAGGACCGCACCAAGGCAAUCGAGUGGUUUCGCAAGUCGGCCGAGCAGGGCAAUCGAUACGGACAACAUUGGCUCGGCUACUGUUACCACGGUGGCAGAGGUGUCCCCGAGAACAUCGACACCGCCGUUUUCUGGUAUCGCAAAUCCGCCGACCAGGGUUACAACUAUGCCAUCAACAACCUCAAGCAACUCGGCAAAUGGCCCUGA